CUGAUCGACUGCAGCAUGCGGCGACAUGUCGGUGUCUUGACUUUCACAACUGGACACACAUUGCUAAUCGACAAGACAUUGCAGGAUUUCAUAUCUGCGUUACAGCGUCAUCCUGGCAGUCCUCGCAUGGCCAUCGAGACUCUUGGAGCACCGAUGUUGUCACAGGACUCCUGCCCGAGCGCUGCCUGGCACUGCCGGCCUGUCUUUGACCCAAUAGAAAUUACCGGAGCACCGCACAUCAAAGCAGCGACCAUGGUGACGGACGGGAAGACUGCAGCGAAGGAGAUCGCCUCGACCCUCGUCUCCUCUGCUACAGCUGCAACCGAAAACGGCAAGAAAGGCCGCGACUGGUACAAGCUGAAAGUGACGUUUCUGGCAUCCCCCGAAGCCAUGCAGCUGGGCCAUGCAGAAAUGAGUGCGGCGUGGCGGUUGUUCCUCUUCGGCAACGGCUCGCCCACGCACCACUUGGGGCUGCUUACAGGCUCUCCCACUGAGGUGGACGUCCUCGGAAUGCUGCCGGUCGAGAACAGCGCGGACAAUGCGCCGACCGAGAUCGAGGCCAUUGCGGCACCGCGGUGUAGACGCCAAGUUUUCCUGCGCAACGCCCGUGGUGAACGUCUGGGCUAUGCGGCGUCGUGGAUCAACGUAGAGGACGUGGGGGCAGUGUUUAAGGACACCAAGAUCCCUAUUGGCAAGAACAUUCUGCAGCACAAGACAGAGCUGUAUCGUGACAUGAAGAGCGUCUUCUGUGGCCACUCGGCCGUAUUGGAGAAGGCGUUCGGAGCGGCUGGGCCUUUCUGGGGCCGCUCCUAUCUCUUCUGGAACGGAGGACGACCUGUCACCUUCAUCUACGAGGUCUUCUCGCCUGCGCUAGAGAAGUAUAUGGGCAAGGUGCUGCUGUAG